AUGAACAAAGAAACAGUGUACCUGGUCAGCCACAUGUGCCCGGGAGCUAACGAAAGAGACCAAGACGAGGCGCCCACGUUCCAAGACGACUACAGCGCGAAAUACUUGGAAAUGAUCCGGAGGUUUGCUCACAUCAUUGUCGGACAGUUUUGCGGUCACCUGCACUCAGACACAUUUCGGAUCGUCUACGACCAACACAAAAAACCAGUGUCGUGGAUGAUGGUCGCUCCGUCGUUGACGCCCAACAAGUCUCCCGGCGUGUCCAACAACCCUGGCUUGAGACUGUACAAAUUCAACACGAAUUCGGGCCAUAUUUUAGACUACACGCAGUACUACAUCGACCUAGAGUCGUCGCCCAACGGCGAUCCGGACGACUGGAGGAUAGAGUACAACCUGACGCACUACUACGGACUCCACAAUAUCACGCCCAAGACUCUGCACGCGAUCGCCGAAACGUUCCAGGACGACGAGUCGGCGCAGUUCGACAGGUACAUCGAGGCCAACUCGGUGCGGCAGUUCAAACCUAAGGAUUGCAAUCUGGAGUGCAGACGAGCGCAGUAUUGUGCCGUCACCGAGCUCGACUACGGUCGGUUUCACAGUUGCGUGGAGACGGCCGCCGAGGCGCUUUCCGGGUCGGUCCGUCCGAGGGGCCACGAGGCACUUUUCGCCGCAUCCGUCUUGCUGACCGUCGUGGUGCUGACCCUGCGCCGCCACCACUAG